AUGUAUAUCACAUAUUGUAUGGGAGCUUUGCUGGGGAUACAACCUAGUAUUGUCACAAAUCCUUGGAUGAUAUUGAAAUUCUAUAUGAAAAGGGAGAUUGAGAAAGCUCCGAAUUUGAUUAAUCUGUGGAACCUGAGGAGAACUAAUCCAAAACUACGAGGCAGGACGACGAAGUUAUAA